AGGAGCGAGCAUAUAUCAUCGCUAAAGUCUAAAACCCUAGUAGAGAAACCCUCCUUUUUUUGUUGCAGCCUUGAAUUCUCAAUCUAUAUCCCUUAUCCUCCUUUCGACAAAUCAAGAAACCAGAAAAAGAUGAGGCCUUUGGACGAGAAAGAGAUGGGUGAAGUUUUCAAGAAACUGAUGUUGUUCACAGGAAACAACCUCAAAAACAUCAUUGAAAGCCCAUCACAUGAAGGACCAGACCCGAACCCAGGUCGGUACUGCUUCAGGCUCCACAAAAACAAGGUAUUUUACAUCAGUGAAUCAAUUGUGAAGCGAGCAACAAACAUUGGCCGCAAAAAUUUGGUAUCUUUAGGUACCUGUAUUGGGAAAUUCACUCAUAGGGGUGAUUUUAGAUUGACUACACAGUCACUGAAUUUAUUGGCUGCAAAUGCUAAAAAUAAAGUUUGGUUGAAGCCCACUUCAGAGAUGUCUUUUUUGUAUGGGAAUCAUGUGUUAAAAGGCGGAUUAGGGAAGAUUACUGAUAGUAUCAAUCAAAAUGAUGGGGUUGUCGUGUUUUCUAUGAGUGAUGUGCCUUUGGGGUUUGGAACCGCCGCCAGGUCGACACAGGAUUGUAGGAAGUGUGAUCCUAAUGGGAUUGUUGUGCAUCACUACUCUGAUAUUGGUGAGUAUUUGAGAGAUGAAGAUGAUCUUUGAGAAUCAUUUUACAGCCUUUUGGGAUUAUAGGCCGCUGCUGCUGCUGCUGUUCUUGGUGUUGGUUUAAGAUAAUUAUGGGAGUGAUUUAAGUUAGAACUUGUUAAAUUUGGAUUAGUACGGGGUUUCUUCUUGUUAUUUUGUUUGCGAAUGUUAAUGAAAUUAAAGGUUUUCUUU